AUGUCGAGACUGCAUUUCUUUAAAGGUGAUCCUAAAGAAGAUAUUUAUAUGAGACAACCUAAAGGCUUUGUUGUCAAAGGUCAGGAAUCUAAAGUGUGUCAUUUGAAGAAGUCUUUAUAUGGUUUAAAGCAAGCUCCUUUGUGUUGGAAUGAGAAGAUUCAUGGUGCUCUUGUCAAACUUGGGUUUAUUCGUAAUGAAAGUGACUACGGUGUGUAUACCAAAGGAUCUGGGCCCACCAUGGUUUAUUUUCGCACUAAUUGUUCAAGUGUCAAGACUCCUUUACCCACUCGUGAUCUUUCUGAUUUUUCCGAGUCUGACUCUGCUACCGAUGCCUCCAUGUAUCGCAGUAUUAUUGGUAAGCUGAUUUAUGCUGCUAAUUGUGCUCGUCCUGAUCUUGUGUUGCUGGUACUGCUGAACUUGGUCUUGAAUAUCGAGCUCAGAAAGUCUACGCUUGUUGGCUAUAGUGAUGCCGACUAUGCAAGGACAAGCAGGACCGUAAGUCCUUUACUGGGACAAUCAGGAUGUAUUGCAUUGGCUCAGAACCCAGUGUUUCAUCGUCGCACCAAGCAUAUUGAUGUUCGAUAUCAUGCUGUGCGUCACUAUAUUCGCAGUGGAGUGAUUCAUCUGGAGUAUCUUGAUACCAAGUGA